AUGGCCCCAGAGCCCUGCCAGCCGGCCCUGGCCACGCUGCAGUGCUGGCUCCUGCCUGCGCCCCAGGCAGUGCCACCCUCCAGGGCCUCCCUCCUGAGAAAACCUCCCAGGUGGCUAAACCACCAGAAGCCCCUGGCAAAGCCCAGGAGAGCCAAGGGAAUGGAGGAGGCCAAAGCAGAGCCGGAGAUCACCCAGCCAGCCCCCAGGGCGAGGAGCCGGCCGCCUCCCGCUGCUCCCCUGGGCUCUGGCUUCGUGCCGGUUGUUGUCCACACCGGGGGCCGUGCCCUCAGCUCCUUCCAGUUCGUGUUCUACCGGCCCGGGUGGCCCAACUCGCUGGCGCCGUUCUGCACGGCGCAGAAACCCUUCUGCGGGUUCCGCUUCCAGCCGGGCACCGCGCACGGCCGGCGGCGCCUGGACCUGCCCAGCUCGGACACCCGCAAGUGGAGAUCCUUCCACGGCCCCAAGCCGUAG